AUGUGCUGGACAAUUGUGUCCCUGCUGUUCCUGAUAACACUCGGCUUUCUGUCUCGGGCUGAAGAUAAGAUAAAGGCCCCAGUGUCCUGUCCAGGCCACCAGACGGCCUUUGGAGGCUCAUGCUAUGAGUUUGUGAAUCUCCAGCAAACUUUUUUCAGUGCGCAGGCUUGGUGUGAGCAGGGUGGUGGACACCUUGCAUUUAUCCAGGAUGAAGAAACUCAGUAUUUUCUUGAAAGACUCUUGGACCCUAACAAGGACGUAUGGUUUGGAGUAGCACCCUUUGCCUCUCCAAACCUGCAAUAUUCUCCAACUGCUAAAGAAAGUGCGCUCUUUUGGCUGAAUGGUUCUUAUAUCACCUAUUCAAACUGGGUGAGCAGCCCACAGCCAGGAGAAGGUUACGGACACAUAUUGAGAGACUCAGGCUUCCAAUGGAAAGCCACAAAAGACUGCAAUAAAAAACUGCAAUUUAUCUGCCAGUUUGACUCUGGCAGAUCCAUUGUGUGUGCUGGUCAUGACACCACUCUGCAGUGCGGUCCCGGUCAUGUCUUAAUGAUAGAUGGUGGCUUCUACGGGCGUAAGAACAUUCAUUACUGUCGGUCUGUGCUGUCUCCACCAACAACAACCACAGAACGUCAGUGCGGCUGGGUGGAUGUUGUAGAGUCAAUAACAGCUCACUGCCACGGCCAGCAGGUUUGCCAGAUUGCUCAAGUUGUGGACUCCUUUGGUGAACCUUGUCCUCAUUUGGGGAGCUACCUGUCUGUGGACUACCACUGCAAAGAUGGCCUCUCGCUGACAGUGGUCACUGUGGCUGCUGUUUUUGAUGACGUCACCAUCAGUGUGAAGUGGCUUUUACAUUUACUACUGGAUAGCCUUAGCUGCAAGCUAAGUACUGGAGAUGGCCAUGUUACUCAUCUGCAGAAUCCAGAGGGGUUGGAGAGCAGCGUGGUGCACAAAUAUACUCAUCCAAACACAUUUGUUGUGGCAGUUGAGUGCACCAACAGAGAAAUGCACAUCACAGCUCAGAAAAUAAUUACCAUUCAAGAGCCCAUCACAGAGUUUGGUGUCAUCAGGUGCUAUGCUGGAAAUCUGUCUUUUCAUGCAACUGACUGCAAAGCCCUUUACGGGGAGCAAUUUCAAAUUCAAAUGGAAGUAAAAGCCGGUACAAAUGUGGCCUACAGAAUCCAGAGGGAUGACAUGUUGUUGUCGGGUUUAUCUGUGUUGAGAGGAAAUGCUCCCCAGAAUAUUACAGUGACACCACAAAUGAUGAAGCAGCCUGGGCCUGGCUGCCACCAGCUGACCCUUUAUGCAUCGAACUUGGUUACAUUCCCCGAAGUGUCCACACACUUGCAGAUAUGUGAGUUGGAGAAAGUAGCCGGGCUUCAGGCCUCUGUGUUGACAGAGAGGGAUGAUUGUCCAGACUCUCCAGAUAUUACAGUUGGAGUGUCCCUUGAACAGGGAGCACCUGUGCUGCUGCUUUUCUCUCUGAGUGAAGACAGCAGCUCAUACUCUGAGACCAGAGAAAUGAUUAAAAGCAAGGCCGUUUUCCAUUUCAGACACCCAAUUCAAGCGGAUGUGGUACCUCUUUACCACACAUUCAUCAUAAAGACAUCAUCAUCUACAGAGAAAUCAACUAGUAGCAACGUCAAGGAAAGUAAAGAAGACAAAAAGGAAAAAGACAGUAAGGAAGAGGAUAGUAAGGAAAAAGACAGUAAGGAAAAGGAUAGUAAGGAAAAAGACAGUAAGGAAAAGGAUAGUAAGGAAAAAGAUAGUAAGGAAAAAGACAGUAAGGAAAAGGAUAGUAAGGAAAAAGACAGUAAGGAAAAGGAUAGUAAGGAAAAAGACAGUAAGGAAAAGUAUAGUAAGGAAAAAGACAGUAAGGAAAAGGAUAGUAAGGCAAAAGACAGUAAGGAAAAAGACAGUACGGAAAAGGAUAGUAAGGAAAAAGACAGUAAGGAAAAGGAUAGUAAGGAAAAAGACAGUAAGGAAAAGGAUAGUAAGGCAAAAGACAGUAAGGAAAAGGAUAGUAAGGCAAAAGACAGUAAGGAAAAGGAUAGUAAGGCAAAAGACAGUAAGGAAAAGGAUAGCAAGGAAAAAGACAGUAAGGGAGAUGACAGUAAAGAAAAAGACAGUAUGGAAAAGUCCAGUAAGGAAGAAGACAGCAAAGAAAAGGACAGCAAGUUAAAAGACAGUAAGGAAAAAGACAGUACAGAAAAGGACAGUAAGGAAGAAGACAGUAAAGAGAAAAACAGUAAGGAAAAGGACAGUAAGGGACAUGACAGUAAAGAAAAAGAAAGUAAGGAAAAGGACAGUAAGGAAGAAGACAGUAAAGAGAAGAACAGUAAGGAAAAGGACAGUAAGGAAGAAGACAGUAAAGAAAGGGACAGUAAGGAAGAAGACAGUAAAGAAAGGGACAGUAAGGACGAACACGGUAAAGAAAAGGACAGUAAGGAAAAAGACAGUAAAGAAAAGAGCAGUAAGCAAAAGGACAGUAAGGAAGAGGACAGUAAAGAGAAAAACAGUAAGGAAAAGGGCAGUAAGGAAGAAGACAGUAAAGAAAAGGACAGUAAGGAUCAAGACAGUAAAGAAAAAGACAAUAAGGAAGAUAUCCCUGCUGUUCCUGCCUCUACAUCUCCUGCCUCUACAGACACCACUACAACAUCUACCACCGCAAACACUGCUGAUGCAUUUCAACACACAACCACGGACAAUUUUGACAGCCUUAGGUGCAGCAUAUCACCACAGACAGGAACAAUCCUUGAGGCUUUUGUUAUAACUUGCAAUACUGAAAUUCCUUGUUCCGACUGUCAGUAUUGUUUUAAGACUAUUGAUGGUAAGCAUCUGCGUUGCAGUAAUGACAGUGAAGUGGAGUCUGUCUUCCUUCCUCUUGGAAACAGCAGUUCUAACUACAACCUGAUUAUAAAAGCAACUGCAAAAAAUAGCAGCUUUGUAACUAGCACCACCGUGACUGCGAAGGUGCUGGAUUCUACAUCAGACUCCAGCUCUUCAUUAGACGGUCUUAAGGCUUCAGUGGAGAAUGCUUUGGCUCAGCUUGAGGAACAAGGUCAACUGUCCGGAGAAACCGUGGGACAAAUCUUUAGUUCUGUUGCCAACAAACUGAAUGCCCAAUCUGAUGAAUCGAAAAAAACUGAAAGGCAAAAGCUUCGUGAGAAGAUGCUGUACACAAUGAUUGACAUAGUUAAUGAAACUCCAAUCAACACUCCAGAUGAAGUUCAAGUGACAGCCCGAGGACUUACUGCUGUCGUCCAGAGAGGCACUGAACUCAGCUUCUCUGCUCAGGAAGAGGCGUCAUUAUUUUUUGCAGAACUUAGCUCAUCUCUCAUUCACAUGGACAUAAACAAAAAUAAAGAAAACAUGAAUGAAGUACACACUGCAGCCAGCACCAUUGUGGAAGGAGCAAGCAAUAUGCUGGACUAUUCUUCCAGUAAAAACAUCUCUGAUGCCCUUCUUCUUGCUAUGAGCAAUACACAGAGUGCACUGUUAGCGUUUAAAGAUGUUAAUGAGAGGCCAACUAUCAUCCAACAGGGUCAUAUUGGUUUGUUUGUAAAAAGAGUGACACCAGAAAGUUUGCAUACGGAGUCUAUAAAUAUUUCUGACAGUUCCAGCCCAUCAUUUUCUCUCCCAAAACUGACCUCUGAUAUGUUACCUAAAGAUGAACCAGUGGAUAUACGAAUGCUGAGUGUUGACAAAAACCCAUUUUCCUGGAAUGAGCGAGGGAACAUCAGUGGCCAAAUAGGUGCUCUAUCCCUCACAACAACCAGUGGCUCCAGUAUCAAUGUGGAGAACUUGAGUGAGGAUAUCAAGAUUCUCUUGCCAAGGCAUGUUGGAGAGCAGGUGAACACCUCUGUUUUGGACCUGGGGAACUACAGCACAACCGCCAUAGACAUUCGUUCAGCUGACAAUACAUUGGUGAUAAAGAUGGUGCCUUCAAAGGAUCCUUUACCGAUCAAAUUGCUCCUUGGUUAUAUGGACUAUCCAACUGAAACAAAUAAUGUAGCAAUGACAGAGAUGCCUCACCAUGGAACAACACAAGAGGAGAGAUACUCUUGGCUACUAGACCCUAAAGAUUUAAAGGGAAACACUGGAUUACACUAUCUCGUAGUGAGGCCCAUUGUCGGUCCAGGUAUAAAAUCCAUCAAUGCCACUUUAUCAAUUACCUCCAUCACGGCCGCAUGUAAAUUUUGGGAUGAAUCAAAAUUGGACUGGAGCAAAUAUGGAUGCAGGGUUGGUGUGAACACCACACAUUUAGUCACCCAGUGCCUUUGCAACCACCUUACCUUUUUUGGGAGCUCUUUCUUUGUCACUCCCAACCUCGUCGACCCAUCACGCACUGCUGAGCUGUUUGGGACUUUUGCCGAGAAUCCUGUGGUUGUCUGCUUUGUGGGGUCACUUUUUGUGGCCUAUCUCUUGGUGGUUGUGUGGGCACGGCGAAAAGACAUUCAAGACAUAGCCAAGGUGAAGGUGACUGUGCUGGAGGACAAUGAUCCCAUGGACGAGUACCGCUACUUGUUGAGUGUAAGCACUGGACAUCGGAGAGGAGCCUCCACUUCUUCUCAGGUUACAAUUAUUCUGCUGGGUGCCGAGGGAAAUAGUGAACCACAUCACCUGACGGAUCGAAAGAAAUGUGUGUUUGAGAGAGGCGCGGUGGAUGUAUUCCUGAUAACUACACCCUUCUCCCUGGGAGACCUGCAGGGUAUCAGACUGUGGCACAAUAACUCAGGGAGUCAUCCAGCCUGGUAUGUAGGCAAUGUCAUGGUGCAGGAUCUACAGACGGAGCAGAAAUGGCAUUUUCUAUGCAACUCCUGGCUGUCGGUAGACUCAUGCGAUUGUUCCCUUGAUAAAGUUUUUCCUGUUUCGACAGAGAUGGAUUUAAUGAGGUUCAGUAACUUGUUCUUUAUGAAGACUACAAAGGAUUUCAGUGAUGGACACCUCUGGUACUCUGUGAUCAGUCGACCAGCGAGCAGCACCUUCACCUGCGUUCAGAGGGUGUCCUGCUGCUUCAGCCUGCUGCUCUGUACCAUGCUGACCAGCAUAAUGUUUUAUGGCAUCCCAACAGAUCCCUCUGAGCAGACCAUGGACCUGGGUCACUUUGAGUUUAGUUGGCAGCAGUUCAUGAUUGGAGUUCAGAGUUCCCUCAUCAUGUUUCCUGUGAAUAUCCUGAUUGUCAGUAUCUUCAGAAUGACUCGUCCUUGGGAGAUGUCUUGUUGCAAGCGCAAAACAGAAAAAUCAAAUGCCACUGACCAAACCUCUUUCUCACAGACUAACACCGCCAACAUGAAUGACAACAUCACUUUAGACACAGUCAUCAAGGAUAUCACAAGAAUAACCUCUUCACUGUCUAAGACCGUGAAAAGCAACAUGCCAUGCAAAGAGGCUGAGUUUGGACCUGGACAACAAGUUGAUAUAAAUGCUGUCCUUUUUGUGGUGGAGGACUUUAUCAAGCAGAACAAUAAGACCAGCGAUACCGCCCACCCCAACCUCAUUCAGCCUCAAAUACUAGAAGGCAGUACUAGCAUGCAUCCUGGGUCAACAGUGGAGGGGAUUCAAAAGAAGAGCAACAAAACCCAGUAUCUAUACCAGCAGCUGUGUCACAUUGACAAAGAGCUGAGCAUGCUGGGACCCUCCGGCUUCCCCACCCCACACAGCUACAGCCAGGCUCUGCAGCAGGUCCAGGGCAUGAAGGGCUUUCUUGAAGAUAAGCUCUUUAAAGUCAGUGAUGUCAACCCAGAUGAACUCACACAGAAGAGUCCUGCAGAGAGCACUGGGGUUGACACUAGUCAGAGGAAAAGGGCGUGCUGUCAUGGCGGGCUUCCCUGGUGGUUUAUUUUUGUCGGCUGGCUGCUUGUGAUCACAAGCAGUGUGAUAGCAGGAUACUUCACAAUGCUUUAUGGGUUGAAAUUUGGGAAGGAACGUUCUGUGAGCUGGUUGGUGUCCAUGAUUGUCUCAUUUUUUCAGAGUAUCCUCAUUAUCCAGCCAUUGAAGGUGCUGUGUCUUGCAAUCUUUUUCGCCCUUGUAAUAAAGAAAGUUGAUGAGGAAGAAUUUCAAAAUGUGGAGUUUGAAGGAAAUCAAGAGGAGUGCAAGGGCCAACAGGUGGUCAGAAGGGAUAGCAGCCUCUAUGAGCCUCCUCCUCCUGCAGACAUUGAGAAGAUGAGAAGGAGAAUAAUUAUGGAACAGAAAGCCUUCGCCCUCCUCAAGGAGAUUUUGACCUACAUGGCGUUUAUGUGGAUGUUGCUGCUGGUGGCAUACGGCCAAAGAGAUCCCAAUGCUUUUUUCUUGAACCAACACAUCCGGAGCAGCUUCAGUAGAGGGAUCUCAGGCAGCAUGAGUCUUGGAGAAGUGUUCACUUGGGCCAACACAUCACUGCUUAGUAACCUUUUUGGAGUUUAUCCAGGCUUUAUCACAGAUGGAAACUCCAAGCUUGUGGGUAAUGCCCGUCUUCGUCAAUUAAGGGUGCAGAAGAACUCCUGUGAGACUGCAGGCAGCAUGCUCCAGUUUGUACCAGACUGUCACGCUCAUUAUUCAUGGGAGGCAGAGGACAGGGGCUCCUAUGACCCUGGCUGGAACCAAACUGUGAGGGAUAAUAUCUCCACGAGCACUUCCAGCCCUUGGAUGUACCAGACACAGGAGCAGCUUAGGUCUCAUCCUGUCUGGGGCAAAAUGGUGCUCUACAGGGGAGGUGGCUUUGUAGCAGAGCUUGGCCCUGAUUUGCAAAAUGCCAGCAGCACCCUCGAGUGUCUCUUCAGAAACACGUGGCUCGAUGUGUACACAAGAGCCAUCAUUGUGGAGUUCACCAUUUAUAACGCUAAUGUGAACCUCUUCUGCAUCGUCACACUGUUGCUGGAGACCACAGCUGUAGGAGCAUUUCAGUUCCGCAGUGAGCUGCAGAGUGUUCGUCUUUACCAAUCAACCGGUGGCCUUCACAUCUUUGUUAUGGCUGCUGAGAUCAUAUACCUGCUUUUCAUCCUCUAUUACAUGUUCCUGCAGGGCAAAUUAAUGAAGCAGCAGCGAUGGGCUUACUUCAGGAGCAAGUGGAACCUCCUUGAGCUGACUAUCAUCUUACUGAGCUGGAGCGCCGUGGUUGUCUUCAUAAUGAGGACUCUUCUUGGGAACCGCGAUGUGACCUACUAUCAAAACCACAAAGACCAAUUUGCCAAUUUCCAUGAGACAGCCACAGCAGACUUUGUGCUCCAGUAUCUGAUCGCUUUCCUGGUUCUGUUCGCCACCUUCAAACUGUGGCACCUGCUCAGACUGAACCCCAAGAUGAACAUGAUCACUGCUGCACUGCAGCGGGCCUGGAGUGAUAUAUCCGGUUUUCUUAUGAUCAUUGUGAUCAUGUUCGUGGCAUAUUCUGUUGCAUCCAAUGUGAUCUAUGGCUGGAGGAUUUCCUCAUAUAGAACUUUCAUGGAUGCUCUUCUGAGAAUCAUCAGUUUGCAAGUAGGCAUCUUUAAUUAUGACGAGGUCCUGGACAGCAGCCCCGUGCUUGGUGGAUUACUCUUCGGUUCUUGUGUUGUGUUCAUUACAUUUGUGGUGCUAAAUCUCCUCCUCUCAGUCAUACUCGUGGCAUUCAACCAAGAGCAAAUAUAUCACAAGCCCUCAGACGAGGAGGAGAUUGUUGAUCUGAUGCUCAAGAAAAUCUGCAGUCUUUUUGGGAUCAGAUAUAAAGAUACCAAAGAUACCCUGGUGCCUGAUGUGAACAUGGACAGUGGCUUGACCCUUAAUAACAGCAAAAAUGUCCUGAACAAUUCUUCCAUAGAUGUAAACAUUUCUAAGACAUCUGGCAACUCAGUAUAG